AUGGCAACACCUCGACAUAUUUAUGUUAUUCGACAUUGUGAAAGAGAAGAUGAUGUUAAUCGAGUUUGGUAUUUCAACAGUCAUUUUACGAGAGACAAUCCUCCACUUUCUGAAAGAGGUUUGGUACAAGCAAAUGAUUUGAAUCAAGAAUUUAAGAAGAUACACAUCGAUUAUUGCUUUUCUUCACCAUACGAGCGAUGUAUUCAAACCUCAGCUAAAAUAUUGGAAGGCCGGUCAAAUUGUUUAAUAAAUGUUGAACCUGGUUUUUUGGAGUUAGGGAGUCUGGAGAGAAGCGGCCAACGUAUGAAAAAGAUAGAGAAUUGGCUACAAGAUAUCCGAAUAUCAAUUUACGCUAUAAGCCGUUAUAUCUUUCGCCAGCAGAGGAAGAGGUUUGGUUCUUUGAUGUUUUUAAUUAGGUGGAGAUUGUGUGUAUUUUUUGGUGUUCCCAGAGUUUUUAAUUAG